GCGCAAUGAAUUAGGCGUCCGGAGCCGAGAACACUUGCAUUUCCGUAGUGAGCGAAGCCUACAACAAAGCAGCUCCGGGAGUGCCAGCAGACAAGAAUUAGCAGCAGCCACUGCUAGCCAGGGUUCGUUGCUUGGCACCGGUGACAAAGAAGUGUUAGCAUCGACGACUGUAGCAUCAUCAUCACAGUCGACGAAACUAGAGGAGGGUUCUACGAGUUCCGUCCAUCGUGGUGGGGCGCAGCAGCACAGCAAGAACAUCACCAUGCGACGGGGGGCGUCAGGCGUGCACCGAAAAAAAAUUCCACCGCAUUUGGUGCGACCAACGUCUUCCCGCUUUGUAUCGCCGGAUAAUGAGCACACGGCGUCUGCGCCAGCUUUUUACACCCCUGAAGACCACGUUUACGACGGUGCAAAAAAUAGGAGGUCUACCUGCAGUAGCAGUAUGUCGGAACAAAAGCUGCCUCUUGUGGGACGUUUCCUGGAUCAGCAGCUCCAAGAGAAAGCUAAUCCAGUAGUAACACAAGUCCCAACGAAGUACCAGACGAGCGCGAUAGAUGACAAUUUGAUGAUUCACCCUCUGCUCACGCAACGUCAGGAGUCGAGGUCUUCAAAAACAAUGUCCGUCUGGCAAGGUCCGGCGGUUGAUGCAAGUGAAGGCGUUGCGGCCCAAGAGAAUUCAUUUUCGAUGAUGCCCACUCCGGUCGAGGGUGAACAAGAAACGCUUUUGUCAUCCACUUUUGUUCUGUCGCCCUCCGUAGCUGCUGGACGCAGCCGCGGAGGAACAAGUGAUCGCGUUGGCAGACCGACGUCAACGGACCGUCCUGAGGAACCGACUGCAGCAUCACCGGUCGCUGUCGCAGACAAUCGGCCAAGGAAACCAGAAAAUAGGAUCGAGGAGAGCAUGCUGUCCCCGUUCGAGCAGGCCGCAGAUGGCAGUCGAAUUGUCUGCGAUGGUAGUGCGGAUCCCACCAAGGCUUCCGCGAUCUCGAACACGGAUUUAUCGUGUGAGACCGAAGACGACCGAAGAAUCAAAAUGCUGUCGAGUUUGAUUUCUCUUGAGUCUAGCGCAAGUGGUACGGCGCUGGAAGUUGUCGCGGCGUCUUCAUCUGCGUUCGCUUCUCCGGAUGCAGCAGCAGAGGACUUUGCGGAUAUUCCGACAUCUACAGAGGUGGAGAAAGAGGCAAACUCUGCAGCACCAGAUACAGGUUCUGCGAUGCAGCCUGCAGCGUCGCGAUCUCUGCCGUCGGGAGAGAUCAUGCUUCCUAGCGGCGCGUCCGCUCUCUGCGAUACGGUUCUCGACGAGAUGCGACAGCUGCUUGGGGCGGACAACACCGCGGGGCGGUCCUUGUCACUAAGCGAGCUGCAGGUUUGUGACGGUGAAAUUCAGCCCGUUGCAAGAGAUGGUGCUCUUGGUGCAGUAUCACGGACGUCUUCAGAGAAACUCGAUGAGAUCAUGCGUAGUUGCCAAAGCGCAUUAGACGAGGCCGAGGCAACAACGAUGGCCAAAGAAGGGAUUGCACAGGAGGCUGAAGUGCCUGCCUCUGCAGGUGGGGUCGUCGACGAUAGGACGAACUCCGUUGUCUCAGAGGGAGAAGCAGAAACUUCCAAGAGCAUUAUCGAGGACGUGGUGCAAGAGAUUUGCGUGAACAGCAUAGCAAUGGGUGCCUGGCUGCGUCGGAUCCCAAUCGAGCCUGAGGAUGCCAGCGCGCCCGCGGUCACAGCGGCGCGAACGGGCGUGCUUUGCAAACCUAGCAAGACGGAGCGCGGAAUGCAAAAGUCUCCAAUCGCGCAGGAAGGGUCGCAAUCUUCAAUAACGACGGUCCACGGCUCACCGCAGGUGGGCGCGUCGGUUCCUUUGGGCGAGCAGCGCUCCAUCUCCUCUUCCGGCAAGUUUGAUGGGUCUCUCCAUGUUCUGAACCAGUCGGGGAGUUCUCUACGAUCUGACCCGAUGAAGCAAAGUGCUAGUCUCGUGCGGCGGGUGAGUCGUGCGGAAACCCUAGCUUCCGCUGUCUUAGAAGACUUCGAGCGGAUGCGUUCUGCCGGGAUUUUGCAGACGCGCAAAAAGCAGAAACAACAAGGGAGCAAUAUGGUUCCGGGAAAGCCACAGACUCCAGGCAUGGCGCAAGCAAGCAGCGGUAAAUCCGUAGCUUCGCGAACUACAGCUGUACCGAAAUAUGCUUUUCGUGCAGGAGGUCCCCGUGCUGGCGGGAGUACAGCGGUCCGAGAGACAGCAGCUAGUCGUGCGCGAAAGCAAUACAACAGAAACGAGGCAGCCGCGCACACAGUAAGCACAUCGACUAAUGCGUCUUUCGGCACUGUGCACGGCCAGCAUGUCUCGUCUGCUCCUGCGUGGCCUGUAGGCGGUAGCGGGACUACAGCUGCAGACUGGGCAGGUGGAGCCUCACAAAGGUUCGCCAUUAAAGGUGCAACCGCAGGUAUAAUUGCCGGUCCAGCGCGUAAGUUUAGCGGGAGUUCCACGACACAUGGUGGUUCGGUGUCCAGUCGAGGCGGGACGGGAACUGUAUCCAGCCGUGGCGACACCCGAGCAAGUCCGACCGCAGUAGCGGAGGCGAUGGCGGCACGAAAGAAAGCGGUCGACAAACGUCGCCUAGAGGCGCUGGCGCGCCCGCGGCCAAAGAGUCGUGGUGCUACGGCGUAUACACACGAGAACGUGAAUGCAAAAACUGGACGCUAUGCACCAGGAGGCCCUUUUCGCAGUGCGGAGCACAGCGCGCGUACCGCGAGGAUACUGCAGCGUCGCGCCGCAGCACUCUCGCCGCGGGCACCCGAGCAAAUUGCGGAACUCGCAACGGAAGGUAGACAGGCGGGCGUUCCUGGUGGUAGAGUGGCGAGUGGUACUCGCUCGCCGAAGACGAAUGUGAGCGGCCUGAAACCACGUGUCAUGGCCGCUCGUAGUGGCGAGCGCGUGCGCUCGGGCACUCUGAGUUCUGACUGCUCUUCUUUCGCUGCGCAACGCGCUUGUGCUCCACGGGUUGAUGCAAAUUACAGAAUCCCAAUUCCACCAGCGGAACAUUUGCCAUUACCGGAACACCUUCCAGCUUCGCAGCCCUGGGGCGGGAAGAGUGAUGGCGGCAAGCAGCGUGCAGGAAAGUUCCAUUUUGCCGCGUCGCCCGAAGACGAUACUGUCGACACGCUGCGAGAGGGCGGGGCGCCAGGAAGUGCGACUGUUACGACUGCGGGUGGCAGUCCGGAAGACAUCUACAACUCGGUCGUAGAACAUCCGCUGAAUUUCACGCCAGCAACGACAGCGCAUAUGCCAAAUCCCAGUGCGCCGUCAACACGGACCAUUGACCCGAAAUCGUCCCCAAGUUCCACAAAGAUUUCCUCGUUGAAUUCGGUGGACAACUCUGGUGGAAUUCGGUCUUAUCCAAGCGACGGGCCAUGCGUGGGUCCGGAGGCCAGUAGUCUCUGUAACGUCUCUUCGAUUGUGGGCGUAUCGGCGAGCGACCUGUUAGUGCCGCCGAUGUCGCGAUUGUCGGCAGUCACGCCACGCGCGACCCUUUCGGGUUCGGUCAAGCGCGCACCAUCGCCACCGAUGCUGCAGCUGGGUCUCGUUGGCGGUAUCCAGAGUCCCCAAG